GGCUCCUUCAUCAAACGGUUCCCUUACAAGACUAUUAGCGAGACAAUAACUCUAGCAUGUCUUUCAAUGCUUCGAGAGAUCUUGCGACCAAUCUCUGUAUUAGCUAAAAACUCUCCUAUAAAAGAAAAUUUUGCAAAAGAGAUGAAUGCUUUUGUGGUUGACCUCUUGAAUUCUUUGGAGUCUCAGCGGCUUUCGUUCUUGGGAGACCGACGAAUGACCCCAGUUGGCGUUUCUCGACGUGCGCAGGACUUAGAGCUUCCACGACAGAGCAUGUCUAUUCUGGCAAUGGCUUGCGGUCUGGAAUUGAUUGUAUGGGCUGCUAUCGAUGAUAUAGAUUCCGAUGCAGUAUGUUCGAGAAUGUCUGGACGUUUAUUCUCAAUAAGUACAAACCGCGUGCAACUUUCCCAGCUUCCUCUUGCUCUCAAAGCCCUUUCAUCACUUGGUGGACUAGCCGAGAAGUUUCCAUCCGUUGCCACAGCCACUGUAGUACCAAUUCUUUCCCGAUUUCUUCUCGAACCGGCACCGAUACUUACGAAACUUUCAUCGGAAACGUCAAGCGAAAAACGUGGUGAGGAACGUCGGCAAGAGGAGAGCACGGCGAAAAGGAAGUCGGCCUUAGAUUCCUUAAGAAACACAGCAAUAGAUGCCUUAUGCAGGUUUGCUGCCGUUUGA